ACACACCACACCUUCUCACCAUCCUCACAGAAUUCAAGAGUGUCGGUCAGUCAGACAGAGAGGCAGGGCAGACUGCUGAAAGGGGGAGUGGACACAUAUAGAGCAGAGGGGAAAAGAGGAGAAGAGAGAAAGAGGGCUAUCCACUCAUCUCCGACAGUAGGGAUAUUGAUGCACAUACUUGAGUGAAGAGGAAAAUAAAACGACAUGAGUUUAGGAGCAGCAUGUGUCUUCCUGAGGGGAGGGAAGCAUAUUGACAGAGAGCUGGCCGAUGACGAAAUUGAAGAGCUGCGCGAGGCGUUUGCUGAGUUCGACAAGGACAAGGAUGGGCUGAUCAGCUGCAAGGACCUGGGCAACCUGAUGAGGACAAUGGGCUACAUGCCCACUGAGAUGGAGCUGAUCGAGCUGAGCCAGAACAUCAACAUGAACCUUGGUGGGAGAGUAGACUUUGAGGACUUUGUUGAGCUGAUGGCCCCAAAGCUGCUGGCUGAGACUGCUGGGAUGAUCGGCGUGAAAGAACUGAAGGACGCUUUCAAAGAGUUUGACGCGGACGGAGACGGAGAGAUCACAACAGAGGAGUUACGAAACGCCAUGACCAAGCUGAUGGGGGAGCACAUGUCUCGAAGAGAGAUUGACUCUGUGGUACGAGAGGCUGACAACAACGGUGACGGGACAGUAGACUUUGAAGAGUUUGUUAGAAUGAUGUCACGCCAGUGAGGAGGACUUCUUGGAAAAAUGAUUAUUUCUCACACACACACGUUUGUAUUACUAUCCUUGUGUGGAUCAAACAAUUGAUUCCCAUUAAAAUCCUAUUUUCCCUAACCCCUAACCCUAAACCUAAAAUAGCCUUUUUCCUUGUUGGGACUGGCAAAAUGUCCCCAAAACAAAACCAAACAAACACACACACACACACACACACACACACACACACACACACACACACACACACACACACACACACACACACACACACACACACACACACACACACACACACACACACACACACACACACACACACACACACACACACACACACACAGGGCUGCAAUUGAUACACAGCCACACAUUAAUAUGCAAUUUGAAAAAUUAUAUUAAUACAAUUAUUUUAUUAACACACGCAAUACAAUAACAAUAUAUAAUACAACAAUUAAUAACAUGACCACAAAUUAUAAAUGCUUUUUUCAAGCACAUACAUUGUUUUAUGUAAUUUGUAUAUAUAUAUGGGAAAUUAUGCAAUUCUAUUUGUCUAGCUUGUUAUUUGUUUAGUUUUUGAAGGUAUUCUACAAUAAAUUAUUCGGAAAAAAAUACUUUGGUUAUGUUUACCCUAUGUCAAAGGAGCAUUAACAUACAAUUCUGAAUCCAAUUUCGGUUGAACAAUCACCCGUUAUCAAUGUCCAUGUAUAUGAUAUUUGGCAGACAUGAUAAAAUAUAUGUAUCUUUACACUAAUGAGGCAUUCACAUGGUCAUCAGAUGUGGGAAACUUCCCAAUAAGGAGGUCAUAAGUCCAACAUGUUUGCAAUCAAGUGCUUUUUUAAAUUUGUAUUUAUUUUACCUUUAUUUAGCUUAACUAGGCAAGUCAGUUAAGAACAAAUUCUUAUUUGCAAUGAUGGCCUAGGAACAGUGGGUUAACUGCCUGUUCAGGGGCAGAAUGACAGAUUUGUACCUUGUCAGCUUGGGGAUUUGAACUUGCAACCUUCCGGUUACUAGUCCAAUGCUCUAACCAAUAGGCCACCCUGCCGCCUUUUAAGUCAGACCAAUUGUUCAACCAAUACGAUUUUAGCUAGCUAGACAAUAAAGUUAUCCAGCUUGCUUAUCAUUGACAAUAUGGUCAAACUAGCUACAUUGUUCACAUUUACAUAUUUGUAAUUGUCAAAAACUAAUUUGUGGUAAUCUUUUAGUUGAUAAAGUGAAAAGCCAGUGGUGAAACGUCACAACUUGGUUAAUUAACCAUUUCUCUGAGUUUCCCACUUGUAAUUACGAUCAGGAGAGUCAUUCAAGUGAAAUUUCCCAGUCGGAACUACGGACUUCAGAUAACUCUAAUAGCAUGUGAACACCCCAUAAAUCCAGACCCCUUAUAGCGACGGUUAGAGGCAACUCAGUGUGAAAUAAGAGUGACACCAUCAAUUUAUGAAUGGAGUCAGACAGGAUUAACCCCUGUAAAUAAACAACAUGUCCACUAAUCUGCAUUUCUUUGAAAAUCAUCAGAAUCUCUGUAAUCUGUGUAAUGGAAGUUUGGUAGAGAACAGAUGGUGGAGAAAGAAAGAUGGAGUGCUGAAAGCUGGGGAGUGGAGUUACUUAACAUAGCUGUCUGAAAGUGGCUUCAUGAGAUAAGGGGAAAAAGUUAAUGUAAAAGAGUGGAGAAAGGGGGAGAAAGGCAGAUAUGAAGGAAGGAAGAUAUGAAAUAAUUACACAUACAUAGCUAUUCAAUGCUAUACUUAUACACAUAGUUAAUCAGUCUAAAUAAAAAUGCUUGUAACUGGUAUUGACAGAUCAUCAAUAGGUCUUCAUAUUCCAACAAUCACACUAAGAAUUAAUUUAUCCAACUACUAUUGACCCAACAUUACCAUCAUCGCGAUUCUAUUAUUUGAGUGCUGACCCUUACGUUGAUUUACAUAAUCGUAGAGCAAAGACUUCAAAGAAACUAUACAUUUUGGUAUAAAAAAUAUUUUUAUGAUGAGUAAUGAUAUGACGAUGAGUUUGCAUAACGGAACACGUGGGUACUAUGGGUGUUUGGCUUGGGCAAUGAAAAAGAUAAGUCAUUGUGAUUACAGAGCUCCUCUCAUGCUAUAGUCACAAAAUGAUGACAUCGUGAGUCAAUUGGUCACAACAUCGGAUUUGGAGCUAUUAAAAGCCGAAACACGGAACGUUUUCUUGAGCCAAAAAAAUCUGGCAGAGGAAAAAGUGCACUCUGAGUCCCUCCUUAAAUUAAGAAGCUCUAACUUUGAUUAAAUUCUCACCCCCUCUUUUGGGGGGGGGGGGGGGGGGAUUUGUAUGUUAAUCUGACCAGUAGCGUUCUAGUGUAGUGGAAGUGGGUUACAUAAUUUUCUACUUGGUCUUUGCACAUUUGUUCGACUCAUUAGACUCGGAAGCCAAAUAUUUUUGAACAAGAAACAUAGUGCAGCACACUGACAGUGCUGACGUGGACAUUGUGUGAGACUCCGAUAUGGCACACUAUUCCCUACGUAUGCACUACUUUUGACCAGUUGUGCACUACAUUGGGAAUAGGGUGCUGUUUUGGAUGCCAUCUUUUCUACAGAGGCCAUGUAGUGUAAGAUGCGUGACAGACUGGGCAGGUUAUCAGACCGGGUUGACAUCUGGGGCGCGAUGGCUUAGAGCACCAAUUAACAAAAGUGAUGUGACACCCUCGCAGAACACCGUUUCCAGAUCUAAUAAUUUAUUUGCAAUUCUGUCAAACAGGCAAUCUAGAAAAUAAAUACAGCUGUGUCGAAAGUGCAUGCACCAUAGGCCUCGUACUACAGUGUCAAAUUGUGGAUUCAUACUGAGGUAGAAAAUAAUACACUUCUGUGAUUUUAGUGAGCUUUGAAAAGGGAUGCACUCCUACAGCUGCGUCAGAAUGUUGUUGCGCAGAUUUUUGUCACAUUGUUGGGAUGGAUCCCUAGGAGUCCCUUGCAGGUGCACUAUAACAUAUUAUAACAUGAUAUUAAAUAAGUUAUUCCACUAUACUUACUUAAUUGUAAAGUUUCAUGAUAUCAACAUUUGCAUGAGAGCGAGCGAGAGACAGAGAGAGAAAUUUACAUUUCAACUGGCAUUUUUUGGCGCAUUUUAAAGUCAAAAAGUUGAUUUUCCCGUGUUUGAUAUAUAUUUCUACAAUAUGAGGUUGGAAUAAUAAAGGGAAAUUGUGAAAAUUAUAAUAACGCCCUUUGAAAGAGCUGUUUGAAAAGACCGCCUGAAAUUUCAGCCUGUUUUGGUGGGAUGGAGUUUUGGCCUGUCUGGUGAUAACACAUUGGCCCUUUAAGAAUGAAAUAUCAAGCAAUUACACAGCCAGAUGACAAAGUCCAUAAUCCAAGUCCCCGAUAUAAAAAAAACAACACAAUCAUAAUACUGAACAAAAUGUGGGAUUAAUCAUUUAGGGGGGAGGGGGAGAUAAAAGAAAAUGCUGAAAUGCUGAUGGCGUGAGCCCUCUAACAUCCAGGGCAGGCUUCACUUUCAUUAAUCCAAAUUAAUCUUUCUUUCUCUUGCUCGCACUCUCUCUCUCUCUCUCUCUCUCUCUCUCUCUCUCUCUCUCUCUCUCUCUCUCUCUCUCUCUCUCUCUC